AUUAAUAUUGUCAUUAUUUUUUACAAGGUUAAAAUCGGACAAAAUAACAUAAGUUAAAGAUAAUUCAAAUUAUAGAUAAUGAAAUAGAACUAACUUAAAAAUCAUCGAGUUAUCAGUUACAUCAGUAUUAAUUAAAAUUUCAGAGGUUUGCUUUAUUGGAUUUUCUUCUUUUGUGCGGUUUACAACUAUUUUUCGUUAUUAGUUUCACGUCUGUUUUCGUGAAGGUUGCUGCCAAGAUGGAAAAACCAAUUGUAGUGCUAUCCAAUCCCACUAUCCCCUCUCCGGGAAUUAAAAUGCUCAUCGAAAAGGGAUACAAUGUUAAAAUAGUCGAAAAAGAAGACAGAGCAAAUAUUCUGGAACUGAUUCCUGGAGCACACGCGCUAUGGUGGGCUUCAGCUUUCAAAUUGGACAAGGAAAUUCUAGAUGCAGCAGGAUCUCAACUAAAGAUGAUCGGCACCAUGUCAGCGGGAUACAAUCACAUACCAAUUGACGAGCUCAAAAAACGUGGCAUUAAACUAUCAAACGCACCUGGAGUGCUUAACGAUGCUGUAGCAGACGUAGCUCUACUGCUUUCUCUAGCUGCCGCUAGAAGAUUGACUGAGAGCAGAUGGGCCAUUGAAAACGACAAAUGGGUCACAAAUGAUUGGAGAUGGAUGUCUGGAAUCGACGUAAGGAAUAGCACAAUUGGUAUCAUCGGCUUGGGUGGAAUUGGAACAGCAAUAGCGCGUAGAUUCAAAGGUUUCGAUGUCAAAGAAAUUGUAUAUACGGGUCACAAAGAAAAGAAAGAAGGAAUUGAACUUGGAGCAAAAUUUGUACCGAUGAACAAUCUUCUAUCGAUCAGCGACUUUGUGAUAGUAGCUGUACCGCUGACGUACGAGACUGCCGGCUUGUGCAAUGCUGAAUUCUUUAAAAACAUGAAAAAUACCGCCGUUUUCGUCAACAUAGCCAGAGGCCAGGUCGUAGAUCAACCAGCUCUCAUAAACGCGCUCAAAACUGGCGAAAUUUUGGCUGCCGGUCUUGAUGUCAUGACUCCAGAACCGUUGCCCCCCACUCACGAGUUAUAUACGUUGCCCAAUGUCGUUAUGCUUCCUCAUCUUGGUAGCGCUACUAAUAAUACGAGGGAUAAUAUGUCAAUUUUGACAGCUGAAAAUAUCGCGAGAGGACUCGCAGGCGAUCCAUUGAUAACGCCCGUAGUGCAAUGAACUGAUUUAUGAACAUAAUACAGGAUAACGUCAAAAAAUUGUAAUUGCUGUUGUUAACCGAUAUGUUUUUGUAAAUAUAUAUAAUUAUUAAUAUCUUG